GCGAGCGUCAGAGCAACAGUCGCAGUGUUUUCUGUGAGUCAGAAAGCGAAGGUUGUGACUAGUGCGAAGAUGCCUGAACCAGCGAAAUCAGCGCCUGCUCCCAAGAAGGGAUCCAAGAAGGCGAUCACCAAGACCCAGAAGAAGGGGGACAAGAAGCGCAAGAAGAGCAGGAAGGAGAGCUACUCCAUCUACGUCUACAAGGUGCUGAAGCAGGUUCACCCGGACACUGGUAUCUCCUCCAAGGCCAUGAGCAUCAUGAACUCCUUCGUGAAUGACAUCUUCGAGCGCAUCGCCGGGGAGGCCUCCCGCCUGGCGCACUACAACAAGCGCUCCACCAUCACCUCUCGCGAGAUCCAGACCGCCGUCCGCCUCCUGCUUCCCGGGGAGCUGGCCAAGCACGCCGUCUCCGAGGGCACCAAGGCCGUCACCAAGUACACCAGCUCCAAGUAAAACUACAACUCCCUUGGUUUGAGUUAGCUUCUAC